GUGUGAACCAAGUAAGAUUGGAUAGUUUAUGGAGAGAUAUUAAGCAGAAGUGUAUUGAUUAGGUUUAUAUCAGUAAAUCGAAGAUUGCCAUGGCAGAGGCUCCUGAGACGACCAUGGCGACAGUGACCCACAGAAGGGUCCGUACAAAUGGGAUAUCGAUGCACAUAGCCGAGAAGGGGGAAGGCCCAUUGGUUCUGCUCAUCCACGGCUUCCCGGAGAUAUGGUCGACAUGGAUGUACCAGAUCGAUCGGCUGGCUGAGCAAGGGUACCAUGCUGUCGCACCAGACAUGCGUGGCUAUGGCGACUCCGACUGUCCCAGGGACCUGGCCUCGUACACCGUCCUCCAUCUAGUCGGGGACUUGAUCGGCCUUCUUGAUGAGCUGAAAGAACAGCAGGCAUUGGUGGUGGGGCAUGACUGGGGUGCUGAAGUAGCAUGGCACCUUUGCCUGUUAAGGCCGGACAGAGUGAGAGCGCUUGCCAGUUUAUCGGUCCCUUUCCGACCGAGAUCCCCAACAUUAAAGCCCUUGGCCCUCAUGCAACGAUUCGGGGAAGGCUUCUACAUCUCUCAGUUCCAGGAACCUGGACGAACUGAAAGGUCAUUUGCUAAAUACGAUUGUCUGACGGUGCUGAAGAAGUUCUUGCUGCUGAAUGCCCCCGAACUUUUAGCCGCUCCACCCGGUGUUGAGAUCAUAGAUUUUCUGGAGACCCCCGAGUCUUUGCCUCCAUGGAUUAAAGAGGAAGAGCUACGAUAUGCUGCAGAACAGUUCGAGAAAUCGGGCUUCACCGGGGCCCUCAACUAUUACCGUGCGAUGGACAAGAACUGGGAGCUUCUAGCACCAUGGCAAGGGGCAAAAAUCACAGUGCCCACCAAAUUCGUUACUGGUGACAAGGACCAGGGGUUUCAAUCCUUCGGCACGAAAGACUACAUAGAAAAUGGACAUUUCAAGAGGCUAGUGCCCGACCUCGACAUAGUAGUCAUCGACGGGCAUCAUUUCAUCCAGCUAGAGAGAGCAGAGCGAGUUACCGAUGAAAUCCUGACAUUCUUCGCAAACAUCAGAUCAUCAGUUUGAGGUAUACAUAACUUCCAUCGUGUUCCGGAAUUCACAUUUCCUCAUUUAUUUACUUUUGUUACCAUAAGUUCAGGAAUGGCUAUGUGCUGAGAGGGUAAAAAGCUGUCGAAAAAAUCGAGUGCGCAAUGUAAGAAUUUCGAUGUACGGAUCACUGCAAUUCCAUAUGCACGUUUUGUAAAACUAAAGGCAUUUUAUUUCAUGAUUCAACUUCUUCA